GGGUCCAGAGGAAGAAGGUCAGAGGACGCAAGUCUUCAGGAGCAGCCGGAGAAAAAAAAAACAACAAAAAAAAAAACACCCAGGCUUUCUAUGACCGUAAACGCCACGGUGGAGCAAGAACGAAACGCUGGGGAGCAACGCGUGCUACACAUCCCACGCUACAAACAACGCACCACGCCCACUUCACAUCGCGGAUUGGUCUUUCCCGGCCACCGUCAUGCGCAUGCUCCCUGAGGGCACUAGGGUUCAGAGAGGCCCUGCUGGUGGCAUACUUCCGGCGUCGCACUUCCGGCUUGUCCGUGGCCGCGUUUGCCGAAACCUUGUUUCCAGACACCCGGGUGGUGCCUGGUGGUUGCCGAGGGAUUUGAGGGGCGGGAAUCGCGGAGACGCGUUUGGAUCCGCUAGGUGGGAAGCGGGCUCUUCCGAUUGCGGCCUCAGGGGCGCCGAAGGCUCACACCCCUAGCCAUGGACUGCAGUCUGGACAGGAUGUCCUCGGUGGUCCCCGGGCAAUUUGACGACGCGGAUUCCUCAGACAGUGAAAACAAAGAAGUGCAGUCAAUCCAUGCAGAAGAUGGCCUUCUACUUAAAAACCUUCAGAAUGCUGCAACAGAGGUGAAGGGUGAAGCUGAGACUGAUGAGGAAGACGACUAUGGUGAUGAUGAUGAUUGGUACUUGGACGAUGCGACUGGAAAACUCACCAAGGGUUGUACCUGGAAUGGCGGCAGUAACUAUCAGGCAAACCGACAGACUUCUAACUACAAUUCAGCCAAAAUGUCUACUCCAAUUGACAAGUCCUUGCGAAAAUUUGAAAAUAAAAUCAAUCUAAAUAAGCUGAAUGUUACUGAUUCUGUGACAAAUAAAGUCACCGUAAAAUUGAGACAGAAGGAAGCAGAAUCGUAUCGAAUUAAAGAUAAGGCCGACAGAGCAACCGUAGAACAGGUUUUGGAUCCCAGAACAAGGAUGAUUUUAUUCAAGUUGUUGCAUAAAGACCACAUAUCAGAGAUACAUGGCUGUAUUAGCACUGGAAAAGAAGCUAAUGUAUACUAUGCUAGCACAUCCAGUGGAGAGAGCAGAGCAAUCAAAAUAUACAAAACUUCUAUUUUGAUGUUCAAAGAUCGUGAUAAGUAUGUGACUGGGGAAUUCAGGUUCCGGCGUGGCUAUUGUAAAGGAAACCCUAGGAAAAUGGUGAAGACGUGGGCAGAGAAGGAGAUGAGGAAUUUGUGCAGGCUAAAAACAGCAAACAUACCAUGUCCAGAACCAAUCAGGCUAAGAAGUCAUGUUCUUCUCAUGGGCUUCAUUGGCAAGGAUGACAUGCCAGCCCCACUUUUGAAAAAUGUCCAGCUGUCAGAGUCUAAGGCACGGGAGUUGUACCUGCAGGUCAUUCAGUACAUGAGGAAAAUGUAUCAGGACGCUAGACUUGUGCACGCGGACCUCAGUGAAUUCAACAUGCUGUACCAUGGUGGAGAUGUUUACAUCAUUGAUGUUUCUCAGUCUGUGGAGCAUGACCACCCACAUGCAUUGGAGUUCUUGAGAAAAGACUGUGCCAAUGUCAAUGAUUUCUUUUCCAAGCAUGCUGUUGCAGUGAUGACCGUGCGGGAGCUCUUCGACUUCGUCACAGAUCCCUCCAUCACUGCUGACAACAUGGAUGCUUACCUGGAAAAGGCUAUGGAAAUAGCAUCCCAAAGGACCAAGGAAGAAAAGACUAGCCAAGAUCAUGUGGAUGAAGAGGUGUUCAAACAAGCAUAUAUUCCCAGAACCUUAAACGAAGUAAAGAAUUAUGAGAGAGAUGUGGACAUAAUGAUGAGGUUAAAGGAAGAAGACAUGGCUUUGAAUACUCAGCAAGACAAUAUUCUAUACCAGACUGUCAUGGGAUUGAAAAAAGAUUUGUCAGGAGUCCAGAAGGUCCCCGCGCUCCUAGAAAGUGAAGUUAAGGAAGAGACUUGUUUUGGUUCAGACGAUGCUGGGAGCUCUGAGUGCUCUGACACAUACUCUGAAGAGCAGGAAGAUCAAGCCGGAUGCAGAAACCAUACUGCUGACCCUGACGUUGAUAAAAAGGAAAGAAAAAAGAUGGUCAAGGAAGCCCAGAGAGAGAAGAGAAAAAAUAAAAUCCCAAAACAUGUGAAAAAAAGAAAGGAAAAAACAGCCAAGGCCAAAAAAGGCAAAUAGGAUGGAGCCAUUCCUCGGCUACAUUUUAACCCUGAAACAGAAGUAGUUGGAGGAGGCUUCCUCACCGUCUCACUGUCAGGGGAGGCUGGGGUGUGCUCAUGUGAGUGCUUCAGAAGCCUAUUCUGUAGGGAUCCAGUCCUGGCUCUGCUUUUAACGGACUUAUUAAGGUAUUAUUUUAAUGAAGAACUUUGUAUAUUUUAUUUUUAUAUUUUUAUCAAGCAAACAUUUUUCCACAAGUAUCAGAACAUGAGUGUUUAUGAUGAACAUCCACGGACAAACUUGGGAACAUUUGUUUUCUUUGUCUAUGCCAAAGACACAUCUGAAACAGCCUGGAGCUCCUCUCUGAGAGACGUCGUCUGGCCGUUAUGUGCCAUUCCCAGGAGCCCCGUUCCUGUGUGUUCUGGUUACACAGGAAGCUGUCCUAUGAUCCUGCUUCGUCUUAACUAUACCUUCCCAGUGAGCCCUCCCAGCUCAGGCGCCAUUUCACAUCCAGCCAUUUGUUCAUCAGAUAUUUCAGUGUUCUAGGAACUGGGAUAUAGCUAUGAAUAAAACCACAUUACUUCCUUUG